AUCACAAACUUGAAUAAUCAUCGGCGUUUGCACACUGGUGAACGUCCCUUUGUCUGCAUCGAACCCGAGUGUGGACGCUCGUUUGCGCAGGUGACCAAUCUGAACAAUCACAUGAAGACGCACCACAAAGUACAGCAAUACUGUUGCAAUCAAUGUCCGAAGAAGUUCACACAAGUCACCUCGCUCAAUCAGCAUCUGCAGGCGCACGCCGGUAUCACCGGCUACUACUGUCCACGCUGUCCGGACAAGACGUUCAAGCAGCAAUCACAGCUGCACACACAUAUGAAGUCGCACGGCAUGGCCUUCCCGUACGAGUGCACCAAAUGCGAUGAGAAAUUCCUGCAGCAGGCACAUCUCGAUCAGCAUCUGAAGAUGCACGACGAAUUCAAAUACAAAUGCGACACCUGUCCGAGCUCAUUCAAUCAGGAGACGUUGCUCAAGAAGCACGUGCAGCGUCAUUUGGAGGGCAGGUAUCUCACCUGUCCGGUGGCCAAUUGCAAUGAAGCUUUCGCAGUGCGUCAGCAUUUAUCCAAACAUUUGCUAACCAAUCACGCACACAACGAGUUGCCGCCGCCAAAACGUUCGAAGAAAUCGAUAACACUGCAAUCGCCGCAACAGCCGUUGGCUAUGAUCGGACAGCCGCUCUCCAUACAGCACACAGUCGGCCAACGUAUGUGUACGAAUACAGGAAGAAAGCGCGGCCGGCCGCGCAAGAACAAAGAACCGCUAAAUCCUCCCAUCAAAGUUGAGAUUAACGAGCCGCUACACAAUCAGCAUGUCAUCAGCAAUGCCAGCGGCUUAUCUAUACAACAACAGCUAAGCCAACAUAUGCAACAGCAGCAGCAACAACAACAGCAACAGCAAUUGCAUCAACAACAGCAACAACAACACCAAUUGCUGGCCCAUCAAGUGAAGGCGCGUUUCAUACCGACCAAAUAGAGACGACAGCGGCGGCGUCAGCUUAACAACUGAAUCGCUUUACAACAACUGUUUUUUUUAUUUAAGGUUAUAAAUUCAAUUUCGUGUUUAAAUGCAUAUUCUCUUCUAAGCAAUCAUUGCUGCUUGUGUAAUAUUUAAGGCUUUAACUUAAUUUUUAAUUCAUUAAUUGUAAUUACGUUUCAUUUAUUUUGUUAUUGCAAUGUGUGCAGUGACGUCUGUAGGGCGUAUACUAGGUGUACGCUAAAUGCCGCAAGAAAAUGUUAGCAGGAAAGAAAGAAAUAUAUAAAAUGAGCGUUUAAGUAAUUAACAUACAUACAUACAUAUGUAUGAUAACAUUAAGUGUAAAAAAUAUAUUAUACGAAAAUAUGUGGCGCAACUGAUGGUGGUUGGUUUUGGCAAA